CCUACCAAAGGCUCCAAAGCAAUCGACAAAGACGGCUUCUACCGCACAGGCCUCGUAUCUUGGCCCAAAACGCCUCUGGAGUUUCCCGAAGACUCAGACUCCGAUGUCAAGCCCCUAAACUCCGACUUUGCAUUUCCUCUCCCUUUCCAAACCAACCCCGCGAUCCUCACUCACGUUCAGAAAUCCCCGACGCCACAGUACAAACACAACGGAGAAAGCAAGCCGGAUUGCCAGCUGAUUCUCACUAUUGAUGUCUACCCUGAUUUUAAGAAGCACCCUGUUACUCUGACGGAGGAGCUCGAGGAGCGGGAUGAUUCCGAAGAUGAGGAUGACCCCGAAGCCUCCACGAACAAGGCCAGACUCCAGGAGUGGAAGCGAUCCCGUAAAGAAAGCAGACUCAUCAAUGAUAUGAUCUUUCACAUCACACGCCUCAUUGAGAAGUUACCGAUUUACAAAGCCACUCCGGGCGCCGAAGAUUUGAAGUCCGAUAAGCACCUGACAAUGGUCAAUAUCCAAGAACUCGAACGGGGUCUCUCCCGCAUCAGUCAAGCCGAGGCAUUGGGAGUGAAAUCCCACUGGGGCUUCCAGAGCCCCCUGCCCGGUGAUCGCGAGGGGGAAAGGGUGUCGACGCGAUACUUGCACCAGGAGAUGAUCCCGAGGGAGAGGGUAGAGGAGUUGAGGGGGUUGAAU